CAACAUGAUUAAACAAAUUUUGUAAAUCAAUUUCAAAUUCAAACUUUUUUAUAAAGUAAUCAUAAGUGAAAGAAUUUGGACAAGAAUCAUAAUACUACCAAAAAAAUGCGGAAAUUGUUGUAUUCAGUCUACCCUCGAUCACUCGGAAUCGUCGUAUAAAUACAAAGUUGCAGAGCAGACUGCAUAUAUGCGGUGAUGACUCUCCGCACGCCGCGGCGCCGCAUCUCGCCCCGCACCAAGCGCCGCUAUCGAGCCAUCAAGGACUUCCUAAGGCGAGCUCUCGGCACCGCAUCACAAGAAGCAAAAACUAACUCAAAUGUAACAAUAAAUGCGUCGAAUUUGAAACAGAAGAUUUCAUUUGAGCAGCAAGUGGCACAAGUGAAGGGGCGCAGCAGUCGACUGCACCCUACCACACCCACACCUGCGCCCGCGCCCUCCCCCCCGCACGCUGCAGACGACGGUGCCCAGUGUCGACAUCUAUUGUGUACCAACCAAAAUGAACAAAUUAAAACAAGUCUAGAAAAAUUCAAAAUCAACCCCAAUGAAACAAAAGUAUUGUAUAAGACUUCAGAAAAUCAGUAUAAAAAUUUUAUAGAAAGUGACGUUACAAGUAAGGUAUCUGAUACGUUCAACUUAGAUGUCAAAUUACAAAAAGAGAUAAACAAAAUAGCGUCUAAAGCCGAGGGAAUAGCUGCUAAAAAUAAACAUGUAGCAAAAAGACAUGAUAACAAAUUGGAUGCCAUAAACAAAAUUGAUUCAAAUUUAGUUAACCGGAAAAAACCGUUAAGUUAUUCUUCUGCAAGCCACCGGUCAUCGGUUGAUCUCGUGAAAGCUGACGAUGCGAGGUGUCAUGAAAAACGGCGGGCUAGAUUGAAUUAUACCAAUCCAAUUAUACUAAAAGAUUCACACAAAUACAAGGAAGAUGACCGUAAAAAUAAUAUUGAGUAUCUAGUUAGAAAAUAUGAGGAGAGAAUGAAAAGGAAAAAAUAUAAACAACCCAAAAAGGAGAUCGAUAAAGAUUUCAUAGAAGAUAUAAUAAGACGGCAGUAUAAGCCAGUCAACAUGUUCAGCAAGAGGGAAUCGGGCUGGAGCCAGCUGUCAGCACCACUGUGCCGCGAUCAAGAGUUCUCUGUCGACGACGACAUACAGGAGGGCAGCGAGCUGUGCUCCUGUUGCUACGACAAGCCCGGCUUUCGCAACGGAAUGAGAUAUGCUCCAAGUUACAGCGACGUUAGAAGUAUUUGCGACACCAGGCUGUACAGCUCAAAGCGGUGUCCGCGAAACAGACAGAGUAGAAAACAUCAAGAAUAUUACAACGAUUCUCUGUAUGAUCUGAUACCAGUAAAGGAAAAAUCUAGUCCGAAAUCGAGGAAAAAAUUCGCCGAAUACAAUAUGAUUCCAUACGAACACUACAAGGAGGUGCCACCGUCGCCGACUUCGCAGCGGCCACGCCUCAACCUCACCGCGCAGCGCCACGAUCGCUGCGACGACUGCGGCCCCCGCGCCACGCGUCCGCACACUAGGAGCUCAGUACACAAAGCCAAAGUACAAACUGUCGAUAAAAAUAUACAAAAUGACGAUUUAAUCAAUUUCAUUCAUUCAAGAAACGAAAAAGAUAUGUCGCUACCUUCUACGAAACCGGGGACACGAAGUCUUGAAUCCGAUGAUGAAUCUUCUUCUGUGCCGCUUCAUUCGGUCGACCAUAAUCGACCCAAUGUGUCCCUUCACAAUUUAUCUAUCAACAAAACACAAGAAGCCGGCGUCGCAGUAGAUAACACGGAUAAGGCUCUUUACGAAAUCAAAGACAUACUACAAAAUUUUCUCGAGGAAAUGAAAAAGGAAACGAUGCACAGCGAUAAAUCAGAAACAUCUGAAAAAUCUUUAUCGAAACCUAAACACGAGGAAGAAAAAACCAACGUGUCAAUGUUGCCGAAUCCUUCACAAAUGUCUAAUAAUACUGCUAAUCAACCGAAACCUUACAUACCCGCGUUUCCGAAUUCUUGUUGCUAUCCAAUAGUGCCGAUUUGCCCCAUCGGCUGCGUGCAAAAUGGCUUCGUGAUACCGGCUCAAAGCCACACGUGCUCAGUGUGCACCAACCACCUCAAGGAGUCCUCGGCAUUCAGUAAGGACGCCACCUUCAGUGGUGACACUCGUGAUACACAAGACAAAGCUCCUCGCGAUGAGACCCAACAGCUUAUUAAAGAAAUAUAUAACUUUGUGAAACAAGCCCCCCAGCCGAAAACUAAUGCAGAAUGUCGUGACGUCAGCACCGACAACACGAACGCAGCGGAAAAGACUCCCCGCCUAAGUAAAUUACUAACAUCAAGAAGUGCAGGCAACAGUUCCAAUCCAUCCGCUCAUGAUGCUAAAGUCGGAACAUCUCAGAUGAAAUGCUAUUCUAAAAGUUGCGAAGCCUUCGGGUCCAAGGACACCGAGGACAGUGUGUACAGCAACGCUAGCUAUUCUGAUACCAUCUUAGAGAAGCUCAGCCUUGAGGCGGCCGCCACACAACCGGACUCCGACUUUGAUUUUAGCAGCAUUCUUAAUCUGGAAGUCAAGCCUAGGAAAAAAAAGUUCGCAAAAGUAUUACAAUCGUUCGGGAAUUUACUAAAAAAGAGAAAAAAGGAAGUUAUACAAGAAUUAAGUGAAAGCGAAAGUGCGGUGGAAUUGGACUUGAAUUCGAAGUCACCUUAUAGACAACAUGUGACCAAUUAUAUGAUGCACAGAGAGGAGUAUUAUCGUCCGCCUCCUAUUCCCGCCAAUUAUCACUAUCACACUUCACCCGAGCAUUCUUACCGAGCGCCUGUAGGUAUGGAGUCCAGACUCACAUAUCUGACCUCACCUUAUGUAUCAGCAGCUCAAGAACAGGAGAUGCAACAUGGCUCAUACCCCAUGACAUCCUCGUAUUCUACUUCAAUGGAACAUCGAUUUAAUCAAGUGCCUUCUCAAGUAACCCCUCAAGUUCCGCUAUGUCUAAAAGAAAUAGAAGUCAAAAGUAUCGGCACGCAAAGCGAAAAAAAAUCAAUUUUGAAACUCUUAAAAAGCAGACUCGCUAUGCCAAAGCACAUAGCUGAACAUGAUCCGAUAGAGGAGGCACAUAAGAACGUAAGCGGAAUUACCAAGAAGCCCCGCCUUAUUAAUUGGAAAAACUUAAAUGAAAAGCCCCUACCGAGAACCGCAAAUGUGGGAAUGUCUAUGAAACAUACUCGGGAUCAGUUGAGACAAACUGACAUGACUAUCAGAAAUACGUUGAUAAGAAGAUUUUUCUAUAAACGCAAUCCGUUUUCCCCUCAAAAUCCGCUUCUACAGACCUUAUUGGGCAAAGAUAAACCGAUGGAGGAACCGCGGAAUCUUCUUCGAACGAAAAUGUUACUUUAGUUUUAAUUUGUAGGUAGGUCUUUGUUUAGUGGAAUGUUAAAUUUUGGUCCACUGUUUGUGAGAUGUAUACGAGUGGUAUAAGAUUUGUUUGUAAUAAACUUUAGUAUAUUGUUGGAAAA